ACUCCUAAAUUUUUCGUUUGUGGUGGCAUGUAGCGCUGUAGAACGACGUGUUGCAUUACAUGUCCAUUUCAAUCCGUUUGUACGUAAAUAAGUUACGAGCUUUCAAUUAAAAUAAUUUUCCUAUAAAAAGUACAGUUUAUUGCAAUUCAAAAUGGGUGGUAAAAGAAGAAAAAUUGGAAAGCAGAGGAAGGAUAAAUUUUACCAAUUAGCAAAAGAAACUGGUUAUAGGUCACGUGCUGCUUUUAAAUUAAUUCAGAUGAAUCGAAAAUUUGAGUUUUUGCAAAAAUCCCGAGUAUGCAUAGAUUUGUGUGCAGCUCCUGGAGGGUGGAUGCAAAUCGCUCGACAAAAUAUGCCAGUAUCUUCUGUAAUAAUAGGUGUAGACUUGUUUCCCAUAAAGCCCAUUCCAGGAUGUAUUAGUUUAGUUGAAGAUAUAACAACAGACAAAUGCCGUGUAUCAAUAUCACGUGAAUUGAAAACUUGGAAAGCUGACGUUGUACUUCAUGAUGGAGCACCAAAUGUUGGUAAAAACUGGCUCCAUGAUGCAUAUCAACAAAUUGUCUUAACUCUAGCUGCUCUUAAAAUGGCAACAUAUUUCUUACGACCUGGUGGUUGGUUUAUAACUAAAGUUUUUCGUUCAAAAGAUUAUAAUGCACUAGUUUGGGUGUUAAAGCAAUUAUUCAGGAAGGUACAUGCAACUAAACCACAAGCAUCACGUGCAGAAUCUGCUGAAAUUUUUGUUGUUUGUCAGUAUUAUAUUGCGCCAGAUAAAUUAGAUCCUAAAUUUUUAGAUCCAAAAUAUGUUUUCUCAGAAUUAGAAAUUGAGCCCACAAAUAAAUUAAAUGUAUAUAAUCCUGCGAAAAAGAAAGAUAAAGUGGAGGGUUACCCAGAAAAUGAUUAUACUUUAUAUCAUAAGCUAUCUGUUAAAGAUUUUAUAGCACAUGAAAAUGCUGUGGAAGCAUUGCAGAAUGCUUCUGAAAUUGUUUUUGAUGAUGAAACAAUAGCAAAUCAUGAGAAGACCACCAAAGAAAUUAAGGAAUGUUGUAAGGAUAUUAAAGUAUUAGGAAAAAAGGAUUUACGAAGUUUAAUUAAUUGGUGGAAGGCAGUAAAGGAAUCUUUAAAAGAAAAAGAACCAGAUGAAAAUGUACAAAAUUUGCCUGAUGAGGCAACAAAAGCACCACCUAUGAGUCAAGAAGAACUGGAAGAUUUGGAAGAUGAACAAAUUAGAAAACAAAUAGAAGAACUUAGAGAAGAAGAAGCUAGAGAGCUUAAACGGAAAAAGAAGAAAGCUAACAAAGAAAGGCAAAAAUUAAAUGAACGAUUGAAACUAAAAAUGAUUCAUAAAGGAAAUGAAGGUCCUGUAUUAGAAGGAGAUGAUAUGUUUAGUUUAAAAGACAUUAAAACACAUCAACAGUUAGCAAAUAUAAUGGAUCAAGAUCCUGAUCUAGUAGCACAAAGUGAUGUAGAUUCAGAUGCAGAACAAAGAAAACCAAAAAAGGUUAGAUAUAAUAAGGAUGAAGGACAUUUAGAUAGCUCAAAUUUAUACUAUAAAACAGAAGAUAGUGAACCAGAGGAUUCAAGCGAUGCUUCAGAUGAUGAUUCAGACAGCAAUAAGUCAGGCUUAGGUUUAAAUGAAUCUGACGACGACGAUACAAAGAAAGUUUCUAAAAAGAGAAAAAAUAUUGAUGAAGAUCCAGAGAAUCCUUUAUUAACUGAUUUAGAUCAUAGAGACAAGAAAACUAAAAGAAUUCACAAAGCAGAAUUAUGGUUUGAGAAGGAUAUAUUUAAAAACUUAGAAGUUGAAAAGGAUGAAGAUUUUGAAUUGGAUAAAAUGGUCGAGGAAUAUAAAAAGAAAGGGGGUCGUAUAAUAGGACAAGACAGUUCCAUAGAUAGUGAUAAAGAAAGUAAAGUAAAAAAAUCUAAGAAUAUACAAAAAAAGAAACAAGGAGAUGGCGAGAACAAUAACGACUAUAAUAGUGAUGAUACAGACUCUGAUUAUGAUGUUGACAAAAUGGUUUCAACUACAAAAUCUAAAAAAGAUAAAAUUAGCGGCAAAGAUAAUCCUCAGGCGACUAAUGCAAAAUCAAAGAAAAGGAAACGUUUAUCAGAAGAAGAUUUAGCAUUAGGAUCACUAUUAAUUCAAAGUAAAAAAACUCGAAGGGAUUUAGUAGAUUCAGCCUGGAAUAGAUAUGCAUUUAACGAUGAAAAAUUACCAGAUUGGUUUGUACAAGAUGAAGAAAAACACAUGAAGAAUGUGAUGCCGGUACCUAAGGAACUUGUUGAUGAAUAUAAAAAACGUGUUGAGGACUUAAAUGUUAGACCAAUCAAAAAAGUAAUAGAAGCAAAGUCAAGAAAGAAGCGAAGAGCGUUACGUAAAUUAGAAAAAGCAAAGAAAAAAGUGGAAACAAUAAUGGAUAACACUGACAUUAGCGAUAGAGAGAAAGCGAAACAAGUUCAAGCAUUAUAUAAGAAAGCCCAUAAAGAGCCGAAGAAGAAUGUUACUUACGUAGUGAUGAAAAAACAUAUGGCACAGAAGAAAGCGGCAAGACCACCAGGUGUUAAAGGACGUUAUAAAUUAGUUGAUCCGAGAAUGAAGAAAGAUUUACGUGCGGCGAAAGCAAAAGAAAAAACUAAGGGACGCGGAAAGAAGAAUAGUGGUGGUAAACCACUUCGAGGGAAGUUUAAAGCUCAGAAGAGAAAAAAGACAAAAUAAUUUAUUUUAUGUAGAAUACAAAAUGAUUGUAUAAAUUUGUAAUCUCUACUUCUUUAUAAUCCUAAACUUUUAACAACAGUAUGACAAAACACCGAAAAACAGAUAUUACUUUGCAAUAUUUUUGUAACAGUGUAAAUAAUGCAUUUUGUACAUAAAUACAUAUUGUGUAUAUAGUUUACACAACCAUUUUUGUA